AUGGAGAAUACAUCUUUUUGGCAUGACACUUGGUCUUCAUUGGGUUGUCUCUCAGAUAUUCUAGAAGAGCGAGGAGUAAUUGAUCUUGGUCUUCAUACUCACGCUACAGUUCAAGAAGCUAUGAUGUCCUACAGAAGAAGAAGGCACAAAACAAUAAUUCUUAAUAUAAUUGAGGAUGAAAUUGACGAGAGGAAAGCAAAUGCGGAUAAUGCAGAGGAUGUUAGCCUGUGGAAAGGUAUUGGAGGAAUGUACAAGAAGAGGUUUUCAACAAAAACCACUUGGAUGCUACUCAGAGAUCAACAACCACUCUGUCAAUGGAGCAAAGGAGUGUGGCUUCGUCAUUCUACACCUAAGUUUGCUUUCAUGACUUGGUGUACUCUGAAAAAUCAACUUGCAACAGGAGACUGCAUGCUUAAAUGGGGAGGAAAUGUUGAUGGGAGUUGUUCUCUCUGUCAAGAUCCUAUUGAAACACGAGACCAUCUUUUUUUCAAGUGA